CCUCAGUCCGGCACCUUCUGGCACCUGGCUGCUUUCGCCCUUCUGUUCAAGUCCCCUUUCAUUCUUGCUAUUAUCCCUUCUUCGUCAGGCUGGCCCUGUAAGGGGGAUCUCGCACCUUCAUUCGCCCUUGCGACUUGCCUAUUGGCCCAUUUACGCCGCCCCGGAGGCCAUGCUCAUUCGAGCGCGGACGAGACUAUCUUUGCCCUCUCAGCCAUAAAUCGCGCGACUAUCUCCCUUGACUUCUUUUCUCCGAGUCUGUGCGAUACUGCGCGAGUCGCUUACAAAAUGUCUUUGCUUCACAAUGAAGAUUUCACCAUAUGGCAGCUUCGCACGUCCUACCUCUCCACAAUCAAAGACGGCAUAGGCGAUCGACUUAUCAAUGUGAAUAACUCCGUCCUUAACACUCCCGGAUUCCGCGCGGCGGGCUGGUCUUCAGCCUCUACAAACCCCAAUGCUCAAAGCGCAGCCUCCCACAUCAAACGAACUUACUCCCCUCCCAUCCCUACUACGGCCGCGGUAUCGUCGGAGUAUUACAAUAUCGGCGCCCGACACGAGAAUGAUUCGCAAAGAUUUGGGCUCGGCGACGGCGACGAUGAGGAAGGAGGGAUGGUCACGGGCAAAAGCAACGCAGGUAUAACAGGGCGUCGGCAUCAGGGGCGCACCGGGAAAAGGGUGCAUCGAAGGGACCGUCAGCAGCAAGAGCAGCAGAAGCAGGAUGUCGACGAUGAGGAUAGCAGCGAUCUCAGUGACGAAAGUGACGACGACGGGGAGAGUGCUCAAAGAGCUUCUCGUCAAAUCCAGUUUCCCAAGAUGCCGAUCCGAACACGGGCGGGAUCAUCGCCAAUACGUACAACCGAUCGUCAAGAGGGUCCGCAAGUCAUGGUUACUUCUCCAUCACAUCCAACGAUGGGUACUCAUUACCGCACCGGGUCACUAGGUACUGCGGUUUCGGUGAAUGAACGGCCGCGACGAGAUACGACGACAACGACCAGCAGUGAUUUGUCUUCCGAGAACGAAAUGGACCCGUCGUUCAAGAGACGCCAAAUUCAAUUUUCUGGUCAGGAUCAAGUGAUAGAGCCUUUGGGUAAAGGGCGAAGGCUCGCUGGCAAUAGGGCCAUCGAGGAUCUACAUGAGCAAGCGGAGGAUUCAGGAGCCGAAUCCGUGGGUUCUGCGUUAUCUUCCGAAUUCGAUGCCACAGCUGGCUCCGCGUCUCUAUUAGGUGGUGUUGGUAUAACAGGCAGCUUGGACUCGUCAUCGCCGGUUGCGUUAAUGCACCGUCUACAAAAUGGUGUGGGGUCACAAUCAGUAUCCCCUAGGAAGCCCAAGACCCCUGCGCCCGAAUUGCAAGAUCUGCCGCCGCCACGCCCCAUCAGCACGGUACAGCCAGUGAGUUUGCUUUCUAAGGCUCUCAACGCGCGCAAACGAGCGCCAACCAACCCCGUCGAAAAGUUCGCCGUCCUGUCAGGCAAAGGUCUGACCGACGUGCUAAAUAUCAAGCUAUAUGUGCCAUUUUCGGCCGAACCUGAAGAUCCACUGGAUCUACCGAUUGCGCGGGAAUCUAAACUGGCAGAGCAGCCAGCACCGGUUAUAGUGGCCGAGGCUAUCGGUCUUGCUCUUUGGAGAUAUUCGGAGGAAGGGUGCAGCCCGUCCAUUGAGCGCAGCAAAUUAACCGUCAAUCGAUGGACUCUGCGAAUGGUAGAAGAUGGCGAGGUGGAAUACGAUUUCCCCGCGCUUGGACGAAUGUCUCCCAUUGCCGAUUUCACAUCCAACAACAACCGGGCGGCGGGUGCCCGAGGUCGGUCUCGGGGGAAGCAAUAUGACGAGUUUGCUCUCGUGGAGGCAUCUCAGGCGGAAUUCGAAGAGAAUGAACGCGUUUUCCCGGCCUUCAGUCAGUCCGUGCCCUCAGAAGACAAUGCCGAUACUAUGGCUCCUGCGCCGGCUCCCGCCAGCCAGCCAAUUGCUCAGAACAAAAUGCCUCGUCAGAACCCGAUCUUGGGGCAGCCGUUCUCCUCGGCCCUGAAUGAUAACACUCUUACCCCGGCUGACCGGCCCGCCGUCCCUAUAUCUCACGCUAGCCCUCGCAUGGGGAUCACCAAGAACCUGAAGAUCCGCUUCAUCAACCUGGAAGGCUCCGCCCAAUCGACAACGAUGAACAUGUCUGCCGACAGUUACAUUGCCGAGAUCCUCGACUCCGUCUGCAAACGAUGGGGGUUGGACAAGGGCAAUUACCUGCUCAAAGUGAUGGGCUCGAAUACGAUCGCGCCUUUGGACCGGACCGUGGAGGCAUUGGGCAACAUCACCGACCUGGACCUCGUGCGCCGACGAUUCGGGCCGCAGUCUCUCACCGGAUCACCGGGCAGCUCAUCCCCCAACGCUCCUCUCCUGGUCGACAGCAACAAUCCCGCCAGCAGUAAAGAGAGCAAGAAGAGUAAGAAGAGCGGGCAGCGCAUGCUUCACCCUCUCACGCAGCAGCAGGAUCUCAUCGGAGGGUACUACCGGCGGUAUCUGGUGUAUCGCAAACAGUCCAUGUCGUUUACCGCGUCGAACCAACGGAUCCUGACCUUCGACAACGACUACUUGCAUAUCAUGCCGGGGGAUACGGGCAAGACGGCGUCCGACACCAAGACGCGAUCGAUCAGCUUCAACGACGUGGUCGGGUGCAAGGUCAGUCGACGGCAUCCGAAGAAUUUCCGGGUCGUCGUUCUCCGGGGCAACGAUGCGAACGAGCAAAAGCGAUAUGAUUUCGAGGCGCGCAAUGCGCUCGAGGCGGUGGAGAUUGUGGACGAGAUUAAGAAGAACAUGGCUCAUUAUCGCAUCUGAGACAUUCGCUACGGUUUGCACUAUUUGCACUACGGAGUACAUCGGAGUAUAGCCCAUGGUUUCUUGUCAUUUCUUUAUCUGUUGGGUGGACGUUGGUGGCAGCCGAUUACAGCGGAAUGGACUUCGGCUCGACGGAAUUAGGUUAGAGUGUAGCCAUGGCCGGAGAUGGUUCCAAAGCCAUGCAAUGCAGGCCAGACGAGAAGCUUUUGCAGCGGAAGGAAGGCAGCAGGAGGCCCAAACUCCGAGGCGGGGACGUUCCAGCGAUCCACCAGUGAGAAAGUGAGAAAGUGGCCGACCGCCGGUGAUGAGGUCACCGCACAUUUCCUGCUGGCGUCCUUUACGACCCAUCCUGAUGGCGUUGGGCCGUGGGAGUGGAUGACCUCAUCAGUGCCGGGGUGUCAUCAGCGCGUCUCGGACAACGGCACGCAUCUCAUGAAGCCAAAUUCAAUUCCGGGAUUUCCAGAGUUCGC